AGCAAUUUGAGUAGUCCAAGUGCAUAGAUGUGAUUUUUCUUUGUAUCUGUCUUCAAGUUUUUCUUCUGAGUGUCCGAUUCGUGUAUGUUGCACCAUUUUAUAUUUCCUCAUAUGCCCGUGAAGUUUUGUUUAUUUGCUGUAUUUCUUAUCUUUAUUCUUCAGUUUGGAUAAUUUCUAUUGAUUCUCUGUAUGGUAAUUUGGAAAGUGGCCCCGGGCAGGAAGCCAACAUGAAUCUGGAGCUAGCCUUUUCUGUGUGUUUGUGGCAGCUACUUGCAGCUCAGUAGCCAUCUGUUGAAUGAAUGAGCAGAUUCAGUGGGAUCCCACACUGCCUAGUAGAGUCCCCAGUGUUUCUGCGUCUGGAAGGAGGGAGACGCUGUGACGCUGAAAUCAUGACAACAAUGGAUGAUGGGGACAAGCAAGUUCCAAGUUGCAAGCUUAGGGAACAGGGGGGAUGCUGGAAGCAACAGAGUUGGCUUCAACUCGAUCCGGUUGCCCACCGGUCUAGCAUUGCUUUCGCCAUGGCCCUCAGCGAUGCUGACGUGCAGAAGCAGAUUAAGCAUAUGAUGGCUUUCGUUGAACAAGAGGCCAAUGCAAAAGCAGAAGAAAUAGAUGCAAAGGCAGAAGAAAAGUUCAACAUUGAGAAAGGUCGGCUUGUGCAAACCCAAAGACUGAAGAUUAUGGAAUACGAUGAGAAGCAAGAGAAGCAGACUGAGCAGCAGAAGAAAAUUCAGACGUCCAAUUUGAUGAGUGAGGCAUAAAUUAAAAAACAAUAUUUUUCUUUCUUUA